AAAAUUUUUAAUUCGUGGAUUUUCAAAUGUUUCGAUUAAAAAAUUUCGAAAUUUUCAAGCAUAUUUCUAGAAAUCGGAGGCAACUCCCCUUACAUUUCUUCUUGGAAGACAACUUGGAUUGCAUCCGAAUGUACAAACGUUAUUUUCGGUUGUUAUCUGUAUUAGCGUUGAGUUUUGUUUACUUUAAAAUUGUAGUUUUCGACAUUGAGCUCAUAAUAUGUAAACACGAUAGUUUUCGUUGCUAAAUGUUCGAAGCGUUCUGUAGUGUUUCUGCGAGGAUAAUGUCGGAAAUCAAGGUACGAUGAUGCAUGAGGGAAAAGGAAAUUUUAACUUAUUACCAAAUGGUAAUCGGAAUAAAUGUAGACAUUCGAGUAUCUGGGAUCAUAUUGAGUCUCCACAGUUCGUUGAUUUCUCCAAUUUACCAGAGACAGGAGAUUCUUUCUUUAAUAAAGUAACGGUGGUUGUAAGCACCCCAAAUCCAAGGUUGAAUAACGAAAAACUUCCUAAUACAGUUGUAGAAGAGAAUGCAUUAAUCGCGUCCUUCGAUAACUUUUCAUUGUCUGGUAUACAACAUGGCUCAUACAACGAUGGGAAUAGCACAGUCAAAGAAAAUUAUGUGGUUCACAAUUCCUCUGUUAAAUUGGUGGAGAUCAAAAAUGAAAAGUGUACUAAAACGAAGAAACCACUGAACACCAUGGUAAAUCCAUUUACAUUUGCGAUGCGCGACAAAUACAUGGAACAACGUAAACAAGAGCGAAUUAACAAGAUGUUAGAAGAAGAGAAAAAGGUAAAAAUAUUUCGCGCAAAUCCUGUACCCAAAUUUUUGAAAGCUCGGUUAGUUCAUAACAAUAACAAUAAUGAUAAAAAUGAGCAAAAAGCAAACGGCAAUAUUAAUGGAAAAGUGACAAAAACAGUACCUGCUAAGGAAGUUAAAAAAAAUACCGAGGCUCAAAAGAAAUUAACGCUACAUUUUCUAAGACCAAAAGUUAGACCGAAAACACCCCCUUUACGAACUACAACUCGAGCGCAGCAAAGAAAACGUUUCGACGAAGCAAUAAAAGAGAAGGAAAAACAGAGAGAAGAACUGAAACAAAUGGAAAUUGCUGCUAAAAAGAAACAAGAAAAAGAAGAACUACUGCUUCUAAGAAAACAAUUGGUUCACAAAGCUCAACCUAUUCGGAAUUAUAAAUUAAACUUACCACCAAUUGAAAAGAGACCGUUAACAGAUCCCGUAAGCCCGUUAACGUUAAAACGACGUCGUCAACAAUAAACAUUUUUAAAAGAUACAGUUAUAUAUAUAUAAGUAAUUAGUUUUAAUAAUUAAUUUUUACUUGUUCAUUUUAUGGAAAAAUUAGUUUAUGUUAUGAUAAGCAUUUUAUGUUGUUUAAUCCAUUAUAUAAUUUAUAUAAACGUAUGCGUAUAUACACAUGUACAUUUUGACUCUGCAAAGUUCAUGAAUAAAGCCAAUGUUUUAAUUAUAUUUUUCAUUCUACCUGUUUCAAUCUAACUUGUAAAUAUUUAAA